AUGAAGAAAAUUUCUAUUUCUGCUACCGUUCAACGAGUCAAACGUAAACAAAUCGUUGAAUAUAAUCAAAACUUGCAUACAAUUUCAACAAAUGAUAAGAUUCAAAACACAUCAAAUACUACGACGACUAUAUCUGGUGUUCAUUCAUUUUCACAUAAAUUUCUAAACGAUAAUCAUCGCCUUGUUGUUAAAAAGCAAUCAACAAAUGCCUGGUUAGAUGAAAAGGGUUUGACAAACGAUUAUCAUAAAUCAUUAAAAAAGAAAAUGAAGAAGAACUGUUCAAUUCAACGAAUUCUUGUGGCUACGCUUCUUACCGUACUUAUUUGUAUUGUGAUCACUGUGGUGUUAUUUUAUAUACUGUUUAAAUCGAAAAAGCAAACAAAACCUGCGUCUGAUUUUAUACCCAUAUUACGUUGGAAUAGCACGGGAAUUACAGUUGCUGGUAUUGUUAAUACACCUGGUAAUGCUAGUAAUCUAUUGAAUCAACCCACAGAUAUAGUAUUAAUUCAUCCGAAUCUUCUCUAUAUUGCUGAUUAUGGUAAUCAUCGGAUACAAAAGUAUCAGCUCGGUAAUUCGAAUGGUACGACUGUAGCUGAUGAAGCAUAUGGAUCAGGAGGUUCAUUGUCUAAUCAAUUAAAAAAUCCAUCAUGUAUACAUAUUGAUUCAUCAAAUGGUAUCUAUAUAUCUGAUUCAGGAAAUAAUCGUGUUCAAUAUUGGGGCAAUAAUAUGCUGACGGGAAUUACAGUUGCAGGCAAUUCUGCAGGUAUGUCCGAUAGUACAAAUGAUACAUUUAAUGAUCCUGUGGGUCUUACACGUAAUGAAACAACUGGUACACUUUAUAUUGCUGAUUUCGGUAAUAAUCGUGUUAUGAGUUAUCUAUUGAAUGCAUCAUCGGGAACACUCGCUGCUGGUACUGGCACGUUUGGUACAGGACCUACCAGAGACCGGCGGGACGAACGAUUUGUCCCGUCCCGUCCCAGGACGGGACGGGACGAAAAAUUUAAGACUCGCCGCGGGACGGGACAAAGCUUUAUUUCGACUUGUCCCGCGAUCAAUCUUUUCAAUUGUUUAAAUAUUGACAUGGACAAUGAUAUCAUUUUCGUCGACAACAAUCAAAACUCUUCCUUUUCUACAGAUAUUCAUACGAGUACUGAAAAUUCACCAUCAACAUCAUCUCGAAACAGUUUAUCUAUUUUGUCGUGGUCUCCAUCCAAUCAAUCUAAUGAAUAUACAUGCAAGAAAAUCGAGAUGUUAAUGAAACAAAAUGGUAAACAAUAUAUCGUUGUUGAUAAUACAAAGGUGCAUUCAUCAAAAUGUUGGGACUUAUUUGGUUUUCCAGCAAUUAUCGAAUCAGAUGGUGAAACGCCAAAGAUUAUUGAGAAAUUUGUUACAUGUCGACAAUGUUAUAUGACGUAUUCUUUCAAUUCGAAUAGCACUCGUUUAUUGAACAAUCAUAUUUGUAAAAAGCCACAUCGUGCUCGAUCUUCUUCUGCUUCAAUGGCACCAAAUUCAUCUUCAAGUUGUCAUCAAACAACACUUGCAUCUUAUACAGCAGCUGGUGGUGUGAAACUUAGUGAUGGUCACAUGAAACGAAUGAAAGAUCUUCAAGCUAAUUGGAUUUGCAAGGAUAUACGACCAUUUGCCAUAAUUGAAGAUGAUGGUUUUCGUGAAAUAGCACAAGAGUUAGUUUCAUUAGGAGCUAAGUAUGGAAAUAUUGAAGUUGGACGUGUUUUACGAAGUUCAAAAAUCAUCGGUUUACAUAUUCAAGAGCUGGCGCAAAGCCAUAGAGAAAAAGUGCGUUUACAAUUCGUUGAGCCUGUCGAAAAACAAUCAUUGGUUAUAUGUCCUGAUUUGUGGAGUGAUGCUCAUCGUCAAAUUUCUUAUCUGGGAAUCACGGCUUCGUUUGUCACGUCAGAUUAUGAACUUCGUACGAUUGAUCUAUGUUGUUCACCUUACCGUGAAACAAAUAAAACUGCUGAAUCAAUUAUUCACGCACUACGUUAUGCUCUUGCUCCUUUUGGUCUUGAUAAUCUUCAUCUAUUAACAUUUGUUAGUGAUCGAGGAUCAAAUUUCGUCAAAGCGUUAAAACCAUAUCGAUCCUUCUUCUGUCUUGCGCAUCGAUUAAAUAAUAUCCUCAAGCGUGCUUUUUAUCAGAACAAUUUGAAUAAAAAUAAGUACAAUUCCAAUGUAUCAAAUCAAGUCAAUCAGAGUGUUGUAGGAGAAGAAAGUGAUGGUGAUGGAAGUGACGAUGAUGAUGAUGAAUCUUCGUAUUCAAAAGCAGCAGAUGAGGGAAUUCCUGAAGAUGCCUUAAACGUUUUAAAGACAAUUAUUGAAUGUAAAAACCUGAAUGGAAUAAAUCAGAAAAUAAAAGAAGCAGGUGGUUAUGCAUUAAAACAAUCGACAAAUGUUCGAUGGUUGUCAUUAAUUGAACUUCUCGAAUCAAUUGAAAAAUCGUCAAAUAUUAUUGGGAGGGUAUUGCUGGGAAAAAAGAAAUUUAAUAUCAAUAUGGAUAUUGUUCGUUCAUUAGUUCGUCUCCUUCGUCCAUUUAAAUUUAUCAUUCAAAUCAUUCAAAAAGGUUGUGAACCAUCCUUUCACUGCGUUCUCAUAUCUCUUCUUACUCUUCGUGCUUCUUUGGAAUCAAUGUCAUCUUUGAUUGCUUACGAAAAAUCUCAUAAUGUUAACGGUGGUGAUUCUGAUGAGGAUGAUGACGAUUUUGAAUCGGAUGGAAUGUUAUUUUUUCGCACACGAAUUAACCAUCUUUUGGAAACGAUGAUCGAACUGAAGGUAGAACAUUUUGCUGCGGCAAUGUUGCAUCCACGUUAUAGACAUUUAAAAGCAUGCACAAGUCAAGAAAUAAAAAAGUGCAAAGAGUAUAUUCAAAAAGAAAUGCGUUCAGUUUCAUAUCAAAUGAAAAACGAUUCUUCCAUUUCAUCCACAUCGACUAAUGAUCCAAAAUUACCACCGAAGAAGAAACAGAAACGUUUUGGCCAUCAAUUUGAAUCCGGAAAUAUUUCUGAUGAAUAUGACGAUCGAGAAGAAGAAGAACGACUCGAUAAAUAUCUUUCUAUGCGUCUCGAUCUUGAAAAGAUUCAAGAUGAUCCGUUAAUAUUUUGGAAACAACAUGAUAAAACGUUUCCAACUCUGUCCGUUCUUGCUCGUCGUCUUCAUUCAAUUCCUGCAACAACUGCUUCAGUGGAACGAAGUUUUAGUGGUGGUGGACAAAUAGUUAAUGAACGUCGAACGAACCUUUCUCCAUCUCAAGUAGAUAAUAUUUUAUUUAUUCGUUCAAUUCUAUCAAAUGGUUAUCAUGUUAUGAACUGA